UGCUUCGAGGUUUUACUCAAAAAUUAGAUUAAAAUUUGAACUUGUUUAUUUACAUUUUUAUCAUAUAAAAAUGAGCAGAGAGGACAGUUUAAUGGCAUCGGAGAUCUGUACUGCAGACACAUUGACAACGAUUAAAGCAGAGGAAGCUGGCUGCUUAGAAAAUAAAGUGGAGCAAAUCAACGGAAUGAGCAGACAGCACGAUCAACUGAACAAGGUAACCAGCAGCGAGAAUAAAGAGACGACCACCACGGCGACGAUUGACGAGGAUACUGGCUGCCUAAUGGAUGUCCUGCACCUGCACAUGCUGCAACUGAUCGAAGAUCAGAUCAGUCAACAGCUGGCGCUGGAAACGCAGACAGCCAGAGCACGUCUACUUCUGGCCAAAACCCGCCUGCAGCAAGGAACACAAAAUUUUGCCACCGCGUCGCGGUUGCCCGGCAACACGCCCUACAGAGCGCUUUACCGCCUCUUGCAGCAGGGUGUGAAAUGGGGCACUUCCUUUAAACUGUUUCGCUUCGAUGUGGAACCAGCCAGGGGGUAUCUGCUGCCUGUUACUCAAAUCUUUGGUGCCCUGGUGCCUUAUAGCCUGCGGCUGGCGAGCCACAAGUGGGAACGCUGUGUCGAGCAGAUUGUCGAAUGUGUGAAUGUCCAAAGGGAGCUGCAAUCUGUAGUCAAAUCCAUUGAACGAUUGAAUUGGGUGCUGCACAGAAGGGACAACGUAUAAAGGGGGAAGGGGUACUAAGUUCAAAAUGGGAUUGCCGACCAGUGACAUGGACAGUCCGUAGCCGUCUCCAAUGAAGCUAUAAAAAGCCAAUGUGCUGCGUGUAUCUGUCUCUAGCACUAUAUAUGUACAAGUAUGUAUCUUCCCCGUAUCUCUUGGCGUGCCCGUAAUUGCUUUUAAAAAUAAUUUAUAUAAAUAAGUUUCAAAAGUGGUACGUGAGCUGAGAUAUGAGGAUAACUGAAACUGCCUUAGCAAGCUCUAUACGAAUAAAGAAUUUAUCAAGCAAUAUAUAUCUGAAAAAAAUAUUUAAAGCAUUUAUUUUAUCUAACUAAA